CCGCCGGCCCCGCUCGCCGCGCCUGAUUGGCUGAGCCGCUGUCAGUAGUAAAAAAGUAUCAGAUGGCAAACUUGGGCCCUUCAUAAAGGCGUGGUGGCGAUACUCCGCGAUCGCUGUCAGCCUAUGACAUCAGCGGGGCACGCCUGGGAUGCCGCCGCUCCCGGCCGGACUCGGUGGAGGAGGAGGGUCCCGCCGGCUCAGAGGCAGUUAGCCCCGCGCGGCGAGGGGGGAGCCGCCAGCCUUCCGGGGACACCGCUCUCGGCCGCUGGCUGCCACUGUCCUCCUGCCCAGGGGCGCUCCCGGAGAGGUGGAUGAAUUCUGGGUUGUUAGCUGCGCUCCGCUGGGCUCCGGGAGCCCGUUCCUGGUGGAAAACAGGGGGCGUCUGGCAGAGGGACCAGCGGCUCGUGGACACUCAACAUGACGCUCCUGGGGUCUGAGCAUUCCUUGCUGAUUAGGAGCAAAUUCAGAUCAGUUUUGCAGUUACGACUUCAACAGAGAAGGACCCAGGAACAACUUGCUAACCAAGGCAUAACACCACCACUGAAAAGCCCAACUGAAUUCCAUGAGCAAAGAAAACAUUUGGAUAGUGACAAGACUGAAGACACGCUGAAGCACAAGGUCAGAAACAGGCCUGACUGCGCGGACGUGGUUAAUAUGCACGUACUUCAAGCCUCCACUACAGAGAGGUCCAUCCCAACUGCUCAGAUGAAGCUGAAGAGAGCCCGACUUGCAGAUGAUCUCAACGAAAAGAUUGCUCUCCGGCCAGGGCCACUGGAGUUGGUGGAGAAGAACAUACUGCCCGUGGACUCUGCUGUGAAAGAGGCCAUAAAAGGUAACCAGGUGAGUCUCUCCAAAUCUGCAGAUGCCUUUGCCUUCGAGGAGGACAGCAGCAGUGAUGGGCUUUCUCCAGACCAGACUCGAAGCGAAGACCCCCAGGGCUCAGCAGGAUCCCCAGCGGACAGCAAAGCUUCGGAGACCCCGUUAGCAGGUCCUGCUCUGGGGGCAGUCCAGGAUCAUUCUUCUGGCUCGGAAAAUGACAAGAAUGACUCAGCCUCACAGCUCAGCAACCAGUCAGACGCGGGCAAGCAAGGGCUUGGGACUCUGGGCCCCUCCAGUGCUGGGCACACUGCUGUGAAGUCCAAGUCCUUGAGCGACAGUAAGAACCGCCACAAAAAGCCUAAGGACCCCAAGCCCAAGGUGAAGAAGCUCAAAUAUCACCAGUACAUCCCCCCAGACCAGAAGGCCGAGAAGUCACCUCCGCCCAUGGACUCGGCCUACGCACGGCUGCUCCAGCAGCAACAGCUGUUUCUACAGCUCCAAAUCCUCAGCCAGCAGGAACAGCACCGGCUCAGCUACCCUGGGAUUCACCAAGCUCAGCUCAAGGAACCAAACGAACAGAUGGUCAGAAAUCCAAACUCCACUUCAGCACCACUGAGCAAUACCCCUUUGUCUCCUGUCAAAAACAGCUUUUCUGGACAAACUGGUGUCUCUUCUCUCAAACCAGGCCCCCUCCCAUCAAACCUAGAUGAUCUGAAGGUGUCCGAGUUGAGACAGCAGCUUCGCCUCCGGGGCCUGCCGGUGUCUGGGACCAAGACGGCGCUCAUGGACCGGCUGCGGCCCUUCCAGGACUGUUCGGGGACCCCUGUGCCCAGCUUCGGUGACAUCACGACGGUCACCUUCCCCGUGACGCCCAGCAGCGCGCUGCCCGGCUACCAGCCCUCCCCGCCCGCCAGCGCCUUACCCAAUGGCUUGUACCACUUUGGCAGCACCAGCUCAAGCCCCCCAAUCUCGCCCGCCUCCUCCGACCUGUCAGCCGCGGGGUCCCUGCCGGACACCUUCAACGACGCGUCCCCGUCCCUCUGCCUGCACCCGUCCCCGGCCCCCGCGUGCGCCGAGGAGAGCCCACUGGGCGGCCUGGGCGCGGGCCCCCCGGCCCCCGAGCUGGACGCGCCGGACUCGGAGAAGGACAAGAUGCUGGUGGAGAAGCAGAAGGUGAUCAACGAGCUCACCUGGAAGCUACAGCAGGAGCAGCGGCACGUAGAGCAGUUACGAAUGCAGCUGCAGAAGCAGAAGAGGGGCCUCGGGCCCGAGAGGCCGCCCCCCUUCCUGGCCGUGCCGGUCAAGCAGGAGGACGCCGUCCCCAGCUGUCCGUUUGCGCCCCAGCCGAGACCUGGGAAGAGACCGGGCCCUGCUCCCUGCGCCUCCGAGGCCCCGGGCCGCCCCGACGGCCUCCCCUCCACGUUUCUCAGCCCCCAGUGCUCCCCUCAGCACUCCCCGCUGGGGGCCGUCCAAAGCCCCCAGCACAUCAGCUUGCCCCCGUCCCCCAACAGCCAUUACUUCCUUCCCUCUUCGUCGGGGGGCACGCAAGGAGAGGGUCACAGGGUCUCCUCACCUGUGGGCAGCCAGGCAUGCGCGGCACAGAACUCAGGGGCACAUGAGGGCCAUCCUCCAAGCUUCUCUCCCCAGCCUUCCAGCCUCCACCCCCCUUUCUCUGGAACCCAAGCAGACAGCAAUCAUGGCGCUGGGGGCAAUCCUUGUCCCAAAAGCCCAGGUGUCCAGCAAAAGAUGGCUGGUCUGCACUCUUCUGACAAGACAGGGCCAAAGUUUUCAAUUCCUUCCCCUCCUUUUUCCAAGCCAACAUCAGCAGUUCCAGAGAUAACACAGCCUCCAUCGUACGAAGAUGCAGUAAAGCAGCAAGUGACUCGGAGUCAGCAGAUAGAUGAUCUCCUGGAUGUCCUCAUUGAAAGUGGAGAAAUGCCAGCUGAUGCUAGGGAGGAUCAUUCAUGUCUUCAAAAAGUCCCCAAGAUAGCCGGGUCUUCCCGAAGCCCUAACGCUGCCCUCUCCAAACCUUCAUCUUCAGGAGGCCAACUCUCCUUCGAUCACUAUGGUACCGACAGUGAUGAGCACCUUGAAGUCUUAUUAAAUUCCCAGAGCCCCUUGGGGAAGGUGAGCGAUGUGGCCCUUCUAAAAAUCGGGCACGAAGAGCCUCCUUUUGACGGGAUAAUGGAUGGAUUCUCCGGGAAGGCAGCAGAAGACCUCUUCAGUGGGCACGAGAUCUUGCCAGGCCCCCUCUCCCCGAUGCAGACUCAGUUUUCGCCUUCCUCUGCAGACAGCAGUGGGCUGCGGCUAAGCUUCACCGAAUCUCCUUGGGAAACCAUGGAGUGGCUGGACCUUACUCCACCCAGUUCUACACCAAGCUUCAGCUCCCUGGGCCCCAGCGGCCCCAGCAUCUUUAACAUUGAUUUCUUGGACGUCACGGAUCUCAAUUUGAAUUCCCCCAUGGACCUUCAUUUACAGCAGUGGUAGAUAAUGUCUGUUGAAGAGGUGCUUAGGCAGACCCAUGGGGAUGCCAUGGGGGAAAUCACACAACCAAAAACGCUCCUAUCAUCCAAAAGGAGGAAGAGGUAGGCGAGGAGAAGGAGGAGGAGGAGGAGGGGAGAAGGAGAAAAUUAAAAAGACACGAUGGAGACUUCUGUGACAGUCAAUGAGAGCAAAUAGGAGUCUUUAGAUCUAUGUAAAAUGUAAUAUUUACCAACGUGCAGUAACUGUUCAUGAUUUCAGCUGUGCACUCAGAUAUGUGAUUUCUGAGAUCAAGAAUGCCAAAAAAAAAAAAAAAAAAACCUAAAAUUCUUUCUUUCACUGCCUUUUCAAACACCAGUGUUUUUGUAGCCCAUAAUUUUUCUCAGGCAUUGUUUGGGCGUGAUCACGCUUCGUAUGCUUUUCUUGUGAAUUUAUACUGUGGAAAGGAAAUGUAGCUCUUUUGGAGUACAGGGAGUAUAGCAUAACCAUCAAAGUUUCUGGAAGAUUCACUCAGUGGUGGAGGCUGUGUUUCAGCACCCCCUUCCCUGUCUUUCCAAAUAGAAGUCAGGCCCGACUUCAGUUGGGUGCUGGAGAUAGAAUAGAGGGACAGAGCCAACCCAUUCCCAAGGAAGUGGAAUCAACUCGGUGUCUCUUGGCCACAAAGCUGCCCCAUUGGGGUGGUUCCAAUUCUGGACCCAGGAUUCCAUGUGGUCACUGAUAACAAUGAACCUAUGUUUGGUCCACCCAGAAUUUCCCUCUUUCUCAACCAGUAGCCCAAUCACUCCUGCUGUCUCUGUGAUGAUAAGCACCACAAAACAGCCAAGAACCUGAAAGCAAACAAAAACCAAAACCCCCUGCCAUAUGGAACAUUCCCCAACACAACCCCCCUUUAGUUUCAAAGACUGGAGAUAAUCCCAUGAUCACAUGGGAAGAACAUCUCUAGCUUCGGGAAGCCAUGGCGGGAUCAUUCAGACAAGCUAUAGAGAACACUGUUUCACGUGUCAUGAGAAUAAACACCAUGGAUUACUAUAGCCGGAUGACUAAUUAUGGAGGUCCAACUUUUCUUGGAGGGUGGAAGGGGGCCCACCUGUCUUAUCUUCUCCCACUGCACUUUUCUUUCAAGAUACCAAUCUUUUCUUGCUCCCCUUUUGAAACUCCUUCUUUUUCUGCCCCAACUUGGAGAGGAGAGGACUCCAGAUCUAACAAGGUGCCAUACCCCUAAUAAGCCAUAUUUUAAAAAGCUAAAACUCCAGGCUCUCCUGGAGAACUCAUUCUCCAUAUGCAUAAUUUGCUUCAAAAAGCCGAAAGAAUGUCCUUGCAGUGAGUGGGGAAGGAUAACCUUGGGGUCCUCCGUCCCAAAGCUCAUUCUUCAGUCAUUUGAUUUACUGCAGUCAUCAAUUUGGGUGGUUCAGGGGAAAUUGGAAAUUAUUACAUUGUAAAAAUAGAUGUGAACGAUAUUUACCAGGAGAGAGAGGAUUUCAGGUCUUGGUGGUGAAAGGAAACAGAGUCGCACAUGGAAAACGAGGGAAGGAAGAAAGACAAUUUUUCUCAUGUGCGUUCCUCAUUAUCUUGUGCUUUUGCUGGGAGUUGUUUUCAGCUCAAGUGGCAAGGCAGUCGCUCUAAAGCUCACUGUGGCUCCCAGCUCACCGUUUUCUAGUGUUGCAUGCUGUAGAACGUAGCUAUUGCUGGUUUGGUUGUUGUUGUUGUUGUUGUUGUUGUUGUUGUUGUUGUUGUUGUUUUAAUUUAAAUCACUAAGGCACUGUUUUCUUCUUUUGUAAAAAAAAAAAAAAAAAUUCACUGUGCACUUACGGAGAAAAUAACCAAAAAUGUUGUGAUUUUAGAAGUUCUCUCUUGGAGAAACCAAAGAUUUAGAAGUCAUUCCAUUGUUACCUUGUAAACAUGUGUGAACACAGAGUGUUUUUGGUGACUAGUACUCUGAAAGCUUCCAGAGCUUAUGGGGGGGCAGGGUAGGUAUGCAUAUGUGUAUAGUUAUAUACAGAUGCAUAUGUCUGUGCGCAUAUGUGUGUGCAUAUAUACAGGGAUAUGUAUAUAUCUAUACAUAUAUGUGCAGUCGUGUGUCUCUUGAAAAGCAGUGACACAGAGUCCUGUACCAAAAGCCUUUGAAGCCCCAGUUUGCUGUGAAAUACUUGGCCUUUGUCACUACGAGUUCCCGAUUAAUCAACCAGACUCUACGUUGCCUCCCUGUGAAUGACUAACAGCUCCAGCUCAGUGAGUCACAGCCACUUGCUUACCAUGAACACGCUCAUCUUGACAAAGAAUACGGACGUGAAAAGACAGAACUGCUCCCCCAUUAGUGAUACAGUCUCUCGUAGAAAAGCAUCAAAGGGCCAUGAAAAUCGUUUUUACAUUCCUUGAUCUGCAUUGUGCUUUAAGAGAUCCACGUGCUAAAUUCUGCAUUUUGCGGUUCACGUCAGUCAUCGGAACCCAAAAUCUAGAGGGGGAGGAAAGAAUCCCCAGUGUUUUCUGUGAAGCCGAGGAUACGGGGAAGAAAACUUUGUUGGCGCAUUCCUCACGUGUGCUUAUCCCUCGGAGGUCAGAGUUUUAUUUUGGAUCUUGACGAAGCUUGCUGGUCAGCCCGUGUUUCAUGUGCCCAUGUUGUACCAUUUGUAUGUUUAUGUUUUCUCCCUUUGCUGCCUUUGGAAAACAAACUCACAGUGUCCCUACUCUGAGACUCUGGCCUGAGCGUUAAUUAUGGUUUCCUUUGGGUAUUUCUAGCAGAAGGACUAGACUUGGUCAGGAGGCCGCUGUGCUUUGUAAGACUGUGCACUGUCACGGAGACCUUUUUAAGAUAUUACCAGCACCGAUACGCAAGCAUCACAGCCGACAAGAGAUACUUGCUAUUUCCAACCAACACACUUCACACAGAGCAGACCCUGGAUUCUUGGCCUCAGCCCCCCUCCCACAGGCUCCACACCAUAUUCGCUGUAUAUCUCUCCGUAGAGCAGAAGUGAGAUACACGGUAGAAAAUCAGGGAUAUAGCUGAGAAAGCAUCGAAGAAGUUGGCUGCACCCAGUGGAUCGGAUAAACCAUGCUAAUUCAUCUGUCUCCUGUUGGGAGUGUUUAAGUUCUUUUAGACUCUAAGGGCGUCCUCUUUUCUGGGGACCAACCAACCAGGCAUGACUGGGAGAUGGACAGAAGAGACUUCUGAAGAUGGCCACCAAGUUUCUUAAUGCUCUUAGAGCCUGAAAACAACCAUGAGUCGUUUUCUUGAGACUCCUAGGACCCCCGUGGUGAAGCAGACCUGCAGACACAGACGUUUGCAGCCAACGCCAAUGUUGCUGCAGCCACAUGGGUUCUAAUGGUAGUUACCAACAGACUCCGAAAAUUCAUCUGUGCAAAUACUUUCGUUAAGCCAGUGCUUAGUAGUAUUAGCCCUGCUACUAACAGUGUUAUUGAGACAACAUGCAUUCUGUUAUAAGGGGGAGAGAGAAGAAGGGAGGGAGGGAGGGAGGAAGGAAGGAAAGGAAGGAAGGAAAGGAAGGAAGGAAGGAAGGGAAGAAGGAAGAAAAGGGAGGGAAGAAGGAAGGAAGGGAAGAAGGAAGGAUGGAAGGAAAGAAGGGAACAAGAAAGGAAGGAAAGAAAGAAGGAAGGAAGGGAGGAAGGAAGGAAGGAAGGAAGGAAGGAAGGAAGGAAGGAAGGAAGGAAGGACAGAAGGAGAGGAAAGGAGGAAGGGAGGAAAACCAAGAGUGUCUCCACCUGAAUAGUCAGGGGUCUGUGCACUGGUGGCCUUAGCCAUUCAAAAACAUUUAUUUCCAAUCUGGAGGAAAACAAAACAAAACAAAACAAAACACCCUACUCUAAGCAUUCAAGACAGUCCUUCUCAAAAUUUAUUUAGGCUCCAUCUGCUCUUCCAGAAGCAAAUGCCGGUCUGGCUGAAAACGCCCGCAUCAAGUUUGCUCACCCAGUGGACAAUUCCCUGACGCAUGACCUACGCAAAAGCGCACGAAUCCCCAGACGUCCACUACUAAACUGAUAAAGUACAGAUAGUUCAGAUUCCGUGAUGGGGAGCUGCUGUUCGUGUAAGGAAGAACCCUGGGAAUGUCCUAGCCCCUAAACCAGAAACCCCUUAGCUCUGAAUUUUUAAAAAGUGGGGGGAGGGGCUUCGUUUUUCCAGAAGGGAGAGUAGAGGGCCCCUUUUCUGCCAAAACCUAUCACCUGCACAGACAUUUUUUUUUUUCUUGUCUCUGAGAUCCAACAGCCAGAGCAUAGCACUUGGCGAUCUUUCUGUAUCUCCCACCCCUGAGCGUUGGUUUUCAUUGCUAGAUACAGAAGCCCCUUGAAAAUCAGGAAAGGGUUAAGGAAACUUCUACUGUCUUUUUUUCCAUUCACUGCCUUUGGCUUUCAUAGCAAGCUCUGGAUGCAAAAGGGACACUUCCGGGGGAGGGGUGUCCGUGGGGAGCCACCACCCCUCAGGAGGAAAUCACUUGGCCGUCCUCAGUCAGGGCUUCAUUCCUCACAAUGGGAAGCCCUCAAGGGCUGGCACGCAGUUUGCUUGCUAUCUGGUGUGCGAGAACUCAAGAGUGAAGACGGUCUGGGGCUUUCCUUUCCCUGUAAAUCCAGUAUAAACCAGCAGGGGGGCUCAGAUGAUGAAUUUGCUAGUUCUUUCUUAGAUGGAUAAUAUCACUAAACACGCAGAGUCCAGGUCCUGAAACAAGAUGGUCCUAUGGUUCCGGGGCUGCUCAGGGUUGUGUUCAGGAGCUGGGUUUGAUUCUAGAAUCCACAUUUUCAGAGCACCCCUGGCUAGGUGGAGUCUAUGCCUGAGAAGAUGAUUUCAAGACAUGGAAAGAUCUGGGAAGAAUUUCUCUAUCAUCUAUCUGCCAGGGACCCACUGGGUUCAAUAACAUAUAAGUGAGCUCCCUUUUGAUUCUAGGGUUUGGCGAUUCCCCAAUGGAUUAGGAUGAACCAAACUCCUGACCAUCUCUUGUGCUUCGUAUAACGACCUGCUCCCAUCAUGGAUGCUGGUUAAUGUGAGUUUCCUCUAUAAAUGGUUUCCCAGCUCCCAAGUGUUUAUGGAAAGGCGGAGCAUGAUGGUGGGGAUCCUGGAUGCUAUUCUAGUGUUUUCCAAAGAAAGAGAACCCACACUGCUCCCUGGAGCUCCCCUCCAGUCGGCCUGCAGUGAGGAAAGAGGGUGACACAUUGCUGGGUGCCUGAAGCCCUCCCUUGGUGAAACACAAAAGAAACGCUUUGCAAAGCAAUCAGAAAAGCCAGCAUAUGGUUCUCUGUGGGACCUGCGUAUUGUUUUCACUUUGGUCUCCUUUGCUCAAGUAUCCAUUACCAGAAAGAAACGUGUGUUACCAGGAAAAGAAGCAAUAGCUAAAAUACCAAAGUUGGCAUGUAUUCUUUUUAAAAAAUAUAUAAAUAUAUUUUUAAAUAAAAUGUUUUAUUUUGAAAAAGA